GGCACCGCAACCAGGUUCAUUUGCAGGAGACAGUGGUACCACCCAUGGACCUCGCGACUCGUUGCUUACAUGAAAGGAGACCUCAGGUGCAUAAAAUUCUUGCCAGUUUGAACACAUGACGUAUCAAAUUUGAGUUGCCAGGGCCUUCCCAUUCCGCCACAACCUAUCGACCCUAUUUCCGGUUUUUCCCUUAAGGUUCUUAAGGUCGUGGCUUCCGGGGAUACGGGUUCGUCUCAACCUCAAAAAGAGCCAGCCCGCACUCCAGCGAGGAAUACGGGCCCUUUGUUUUGUGUACAUUGACAUUAUCGCUUGACUACAUACACUUCAUCACAAUGCGUUGGCUCGUCAAACCCCAGGCCGAGCAGGCCGAGACGGUCGGCAACACCUCGAGAGCGCCAGCGUCAAAGGAGAGAGUCACAUUCAUCGCCUGCUUCAUGGGCCUGGUGGCCAGUAUUGGAGGAUUCAUGUUCGGCUAUGUGAGCGGUCAAAUCUCAGGAUACUUCAACAUGGACGAUUACGCGCGCCGAUUCGGUGAUGCCAACGGUAAUUUCAGUGCAGUAAGACAGGGCACCAUCACUGGUCUGUUGCCCGCUGGGUGUCUAGUGGGUGCUCUGAUUGCUGGCAAGUUGGCCGAUACGGUAGGCCGGCGAUUGGCUAUUUCGAUCUCUGCUCUAUGGGCCAGCGUUGGCAUAGUCAUUGAAAUCUCGUCCCAGGAAGCCUGGUACCAGUUCGCUAUCGGGCGACUUGUCACCGGCUUCUCUAUCGGCUCCUUGUCCGUCGUCGUCCCCAUGUAUCAGUCCGAAAGCAGCCCAGCCAUCAUCCGAGGUAUUCUGGUUUCGACCUACCAGCUAUUCAUUACUCUUGGUAUCUGGACUAGUUACGUUGUAGACUGGGGCACCGCGCACAAGCCCGACAGCGCUUCAUGGCGUAUCCCCAAUGGUCUCGGUUUUGCUUGGUCUCUUAUCCUUGGUGUUGGAAUUCUUUUCCUUCCCGAAAGCCCACGUUUCGCCUACACAAGGGGCCGCACAGAAGAAGCUAGACGUACCAUUGCUAGCAUGGGCGGUAUCGACGAGAAUGACCCCAUCGUUAAUAACCAGAUCAACCAGAUUCGUGUCAAGCUGGAGGAAGAGCUUGCUCAAGGAAAAGCUAGCUGGAUCGAAAUUUUCACUGGCCCUCGCAUGUUCUACCGUACUGUCCUGGGAAUCGUGCUUCAGGCUGGUCAGCAGCUCCAAGGCGCGAACUUCUUCUUCUACUAUGGUACUACUAUCUUCCAGGCCACUGGUCUCAAAGAUAGUUACGUCACUCAGAUCAUUUUGGGUUCAGUCAAUGUGGCUUGUACCUUCGCUGGCCUUUACGUCGUUCACAAAGUGGGCCGAAGAAAGGCAUUAAUGGCCGGUGCUGCCUGGACCUUCGUCUGCUUCAUCAUCUACACUUUUGUUGGUCAAUUUGCGCUAGACCCGGUGAACCCACAGAAUACUCCUCAAGCCGGAUCAGCUCUUAUCGUCUUCUCUGCCCUCGCCAUCGCGGCUUUCGCUACCACCUGGGGCCCUAUUGUCUGGAUCGCCGUGGCCGAGCUUUACCCUACUCGAUAUCGUGCCCCAUGCAUGGCCCUUGCCACCGCGUCUAACUGGCUUUGGAAUUUCCUCAUCUCAUUCUUUACACGAUUCAUCACUGAUAAGAUUCACUACUGGUACGGUUUAGUCUUCGCAGGCUGCUGUUUGGUUCUCGUAUUCGUUGUGUUCUUCUUCUUGAUUGAAACCAAGGACCGCAGCUUAGAAGAGAUUGACACAAUGUAUUUGCUGCACGUGAACCCUAUCCACUCGGCCAAGUGGGAUGGAAGCAAGGUUCCGGAAGACUCUGCCCCAAGCAGUAGUCAUGGGCAGGAGCAGGUGCUUAAGCAGGAGCCUGUGAACCAGCCUACCGUGUAGGUUCUGGGAACAUGAUAAAGAGGAUACCUUUAUAUAAGAAUAGUACUUGUCGUAGUACAUAUAUAGUAAUACAGACGGCCAAGUUCCCGAUUUGACAACGA